GAGAGACCCCGCCCCCCUCGAGGAGAGAAGCCGCAGCCCCUGCAGGACAGGGGGGCACCCCGGGAAGAAAGCACCAGCAGAAAAGAGCUUGUGUCUUAGGCAUGCCUGGAUCCCCUAACUUUCUCCGUGGCUGGCGCAGGCCUGGGUCGCUAUGGGUUCCCCAGCGGCUCCAGAGGGAGCGCUGGGCUACGUCCGAGAGUUCACGCGCCACUCCUCCGACGUGCUUGGCAAUCUGAAUGAGCUGCGCCUGCGCGGGAUCCUCACUGACGUCACGCUGCUGGUUGGCGGGCAACCCCUAAGAGCACACAAGGCAGUUCUUAUCGCCUGCAGUGGCUUCUUCUAUUCGAUUUUCCGAGGCCGAGCAGGAGUCGGAGUGGAUGUACUCUCUCUGCCUGGGGGGCCAGAAGCCAGAGGCUUUGCUCCGCUUCUGGACUUCAUGUACACUUCAAGGCUUCGCCUCUCUCCAGCCACUGCGCCAGCUGUCCUUGCGGCUGCCACUUAUUUGCAGAUGGAACAUGUGGUCCAAGCAUGUCACCGCUUCAUCCAAGCCAGCUAUGAACCUCUAGGCAUAUCCCUGCGACCCCUGGAGGCAGAACCCCCAAGCCCGCCGACAGCCCCUCCACCAGGUAGUCCCAGGCGCUCAGAAGGACACCCAGACCCCCCUACUGAGUCUCGAAGCUGCAGCCAAGGCUCCCCGAGUCCAGCCAGCCCAGACCCUAAGGCCUGCAACUGGAAAAAGUACAAAUUUAUUGUGCUAAAUUCUCAGACUUCACAAGCAGGGAGCCCGGUUGGGGAGAGCUCUGGUCAACCUUGCCCCCAAGCCAGGCUCCCUAGUGGAGACGAAGCCUCCAGCAACAGCAGCAGCAGCAGCAGCGAAGAAGGACCCAUGCCUGGUCUCCAGAGCAGGCUAUCUCUAGCCACUGCCACUGCGCGAUUCAAAUGUGGAGCUCCAGCAAAUACCCGCUGCCUCUUCACACCCGGGGCUCAAGAGACUUCUGGAUCAACUUCUAAGCAGCCUCACCCACCACCAGGAGGUGAGUUUUUCAGCUGCCAGAACUGUGAGACUGUGGCUGGUUGCUCAUCGGGGCUGGACGCCUUAGCUCCGGGGGACGAGGACAAGCCCUAUAAAUGCCAGCUGUGCCGCUCUGCCUUCCGCUAUAAGGGCAACCUGGCUAGUCACCGCACGGUGCACACAGGAGAAAAGCCCUACCGCUGCUCCAUCUGCGGAGCACGUUUUAACCGACCAGCUAACCUAAAAACGCACAGCCGCAUCCAUUCUGGAGAGAAGCCAUACAAGUGUGAGACCUGCGGCUCGCGAUUCGUCCAGGUGGCGCACCUGCGCGCACACGUGCUGAUCCACACCGGAGAGAAGCCCUAUCCGUGCCCCACCUGCGGAACCCGCUUCCGCCACCUACAGACCCUCAAAAGCCACGUGCGCAUCCACACGGGGGAGAAGCCGUACCACUGCGACCCCUGCGGCCUGCAUUUUCGGCACAAGAGUCAACUACGGCUGCACCUGCGUCAGAAACACGGGGCCGCUACCAACACGAAAGUGCGCUACCACAUCCUCGGGGGGCCAUAGCUGAGUCGUCCCCCCCCCAACCACGCUUGCUGCCUGGGGGCUGCCAAAGCUCCAGGCCCAGGCUUGGCUUCCCUGACGGGCUUAAUAUGGGAGUGUGCCAGGCCACUCUGGUGUCAGAAACUUCUGUCACCUUAAUUUCUUACUGGGGAGAGCAGGGGUGGCAGAUCCUGGCUAGAUCUGUCUCCGUUUUGCUGGUCAAAACCUCUUCCUCACAAUCCAGAUUGGGUAGCUAGGGGCUGGGGAAAAAGAGAGACACAGCGGACUUGCUCUCUUCAAGGGAACUGUUGCCCCCCCAUCCCCAUUUCAAAUGGUUUGUCUGUAAAUAUAAUUUAUUAAGGCCUGUGGGCGGCACAGGGCCUUUGUUCUGUUUGCAUUUCUGACUUGCCUCUUCCCCAAGUGUGAUCAAAAGUGACCCGAAACACAGAGGGUGAGGGGCCGCUCUGCUGGCAGGGUGUCUUUGCACUUGGCUCUCUCCUUUGUUUUUGUGGUGACUUUUCUCUCUGGAAUUGUCCCUUUUCUGUCUGUCUGCCUGUUGGUUUGUCCGUCAGUUCUAGGACUGCAACCUUCAGCUUUCCUGGGGCAAACCCUGAGAACAUGGAAGGUUGGGUAAGGAAUCCUCUCUGGUAUUCCGAUGGUGCAACUCCUGUCGCAGGCUAGUCAUAAAAAAGAAACCUUCCAGGUCUGGGAGGGAGAUGGGAAGCUUUUUUGAUGAACACAAAAUAGAGAUGAUAAAUUCCUCCUGAAGGUUGGGGAAGUGGGGGCUGGAUUCCUCCUCCUCCUCAUUCUAAAUGGAUGUGGGUAGUCUUUCUUGCAACAAGGCAUACCAUCUAAACUGCUCCAUUGAGCUAUCCACCUGGGUUUGAAUGCACUGUGUCCAUCUCAGACAGAGCCUGCCUCAGGGUCUGAGCUGAGCCCAGGAUCCUCCACUGUGGCUGAGUUAGGAUCUCCAUGGGGAGAGAGCUGAAGAUCUGUACCAGAGAUUUUACGACCUGUUCUUAUCUGUCCAGUUUCUAAGAAUGUUAUGACCUCCAGAGAAUUAAUGACAUUCCUUGCCUUGAAUGCAAGUCUGACCCAUCCUUUAGUGCAUGAGCAGCUGGGUUGGAAUGUUCCUUAGGGUUCAAUAUGCCCCUUUGUCUUUGAAUGUGUUUUUGGACAGCUUCUGGAAAGUGUCCAGAUUACAAAACUUUCCUCUUUCAUGGGUGCUUGGUAGUUUUCUUACCUGGGAACCUGAGUCUGUGACUCAGUCUUCUCCCACUACAUUCCUGUCUGCCACCAGUGAAUGUAUUGGACUUUACAAGGGAAGAGAAAGGGGGCUGAGUUCCAUGCUGGAUGUGUUGUCAGUGGAGGAUUUGUGUUUGGAAUUACAUGCUUCGAGGCUUUAAGGGACUGGUUGAUGAUUGGCCAAAGGCCCCCUCUAUGUGAACAGAUUGCCAGCUAGUGGAUGAGGUUGGCUGGGGCUGCAGUUCCUGGUGUAGACCAUAUAGAUUAAAGUGUUAGGGAUGGAGUUCCCUGGUUAGAUGGAGCGUCUGGAAUGUUAGACGAUAUUUGGGAGCCUUGAUUUAUAGUCCUGCUUCUUGCUGCCCUGGGACCUAUCUGAUGAUAGGACUUGGGUAAGAAGACUUGAAUUUGUAAGGCGGAGCUUCCAGAAUUAAGUCAGCCCAGGGCUGGUGAGAAGGCCAUUCUCUCUCUUUCCUGUCACCUGAAUGUAGAAUUGAAGGUGGGUGGGAACAGAGGAGAGAUUGAGAAGGUAUUAUGGUUUCUGUGUGGCGGACUGGAUGGGCAUGUGGGAAGUGCCGGGGUGAGAUGUUAGCUUCUGUGAGAUCCUUGGAAUAAAGAAGCCUCUCGUGCC